AUGUCUGAGUUCAAAUCGUUCAAAAAGGCCGACUUGGCCAAAGUAGCCAAAACUGUUGGCAUCACUGUUCGGUCCAAGGACACCAAGCAGCUGUUGCUUGAAAAAAUCGAAUCCUUCAUUGAGGAAUUCCCUGAGAGAGCCAAAGAGUUGAUCGAGGCUUCUGCCGACGAGGUGGAGGUAGCCACGUUGGUGGAGGUCGAUGCCACCGACGAUGAGGAUGCUGAAGAUGCUGAGGAUGUCGAGGAAGAGGAAACUGAGGACGCCGAAGAUGAGGAAGCUGACGCCGACGAUGACGAAGACAAGGACUACAACGCUCCUCCUCCCAUUGACUUGAAGGAGUUGAUUGUGGACCCUGCCAUUGGUUUGUUUGAGAAGACCUAUGAGUCUGUGUUAGAAUUCUUCGACCUGGUCGGUAUUACUACUUUGGAAGCCAACGACGACUUGAGAGAGAAGUUGUCUAGAACUGUGUCGCUCAACUACUUGGAAUUGGCCGUGGAGGCUGGCUACUUUUUGUACUUCUACGUGCCAUUGGUGGCUGUCAAGCAUAACAAGCUGAUUCACCAGGUGUUUAGAGACAAUAUUCCUCAGUUGAACGAUAUUUCUUUCCCAAUUCCGGACUUCACUGCGUUGGCCAACUUCACCGUCGUGUCCAUAAUCCUCAACUGGUCUCUUUACGCCGUUUUCAUUCCAUUGCUUUUUUCCUACUACGUCAACUUCUCCAGAAGAGUGGUAGUGAUUGAAGACGAGGAUGAUGAUGAGGAAGAUACCUCGUUCGUGAUCCGUCUCUACAAGUACGAUCCUUUUGUGUUCGCCUUGACCAAGGUGGUGAUUUUCUACUUCAUCUUCAAGAACGGAGCCUUGACUACCAUUGACACCUACAAGGGCAUUGUGCACGCCUUGAAGAACCACCUCUUUAUUCAGUUGGGCAUCUACCACCGUUUCGUCUCGGGCUUGGGCAACUUCCCGCUCAUUAUUGGUGUGGCCAACGUGGUGAUUGGCCUCUACUCUCAGUUUGAGGACUAUUAG